GUGUCUGGAUCUGCUGAUGUUCGGUGUGCUGUAUAUCGUGAGGAUAUCAGGCUGUCUGAUUAAUAAUGCAGAUCUCCAUUCUUCUCGUAUCUGAUCUGAAUAAAUGCGGCUCUGCACGUGUGAGCCCAGCUGUGUGUGAUUGUGUGUUGUCUCCGGUGACGGCUCAUUACGGGGGUGUGAUGAUGAUGAUGAUGAUGAGGAGGAGCGCGGGGAGCAGGAAGCCUGCAGCUGUGGAUCAGACCGCAGUCAUGGAGAGCAUCUUCAGAGGACUGAGCGCCGCUGUCUUCCUCAACACCUGGACACAGCUGAGCCGAGGUGACGGACUCAUGGAGCGCAGGACACUGGAUCAGUUCUUACACUGCUUGAUGAACACACUGAAGAUCCGUGGCGUGUCGCAGCAGCAGCUGCAGGCGCUCAGAGAGACGCUGGUGGGCCGCUGUGACGUCACUGCAGACGGACUCCUGCAGAUGGAGCAGGUGGCGGCUGCGCUUCUGCCCGAGCAGGAGAACUUCCUGCUGCUGUUCCGCCGGGAGACACCGCUGGAGAACAGCGUGGAGUUCAUGAGGAUCUGGCGCUGCUACGACACAGACAGCAGUGGAUACAUCUCUGCCGCCGAGCUGAAGAGUUUCCUGCGGGAUCUUUUCCAUGAGCACAAUAGACCGGUCACUGCAGCCAAACUGGAGGAGUACACUGAUAUGAUGAUGAAGAUGUUUGACAAGAACCAGGAUGGGCGUCUGGAUCUGAAUGAUUUGGCGAGGAUCCUGGCGCUGAAGGAGAACUUCCUGCUGAAGUUUGAGAUGGAGGCCUGCAGUCACGAGGACCGACUCCGAGACUUCGAGAAGAUCUUCGCUCACUAUGACGUGAGUAAGACUGGUGAUCUGGAGGGCGCGGAGGUGGAUGGUUUUGUCAAAGACAUGAUGGAGCUGGUGAAGCCCGGUCUCAGCGGCUCAGACCUGGACAAGUUCAAGCAGGUUCUGCUGGGUCACUGUGACAUCAACGGAGACGGAAAGAUCCAGAAGAACGAGCUAGCGCUGUGUCUAGGGCUCAAGCUCAGUCCCUGAUGUGUGUGUGUGUGUGUGUGUGUGUGUGUCAGGUGAUCAUUUAUCAGGUGGAUCGGUGAUUAUUAGUCAUUAAAUGUCAAACUCAAUCUCCUCCAUCUGCUCAGUUUUCACAAAUCAAGGCUUGUUCUAAUGCUUCCAGUCCAAUUCAUUAAUAUUUGUGAUCCUGGAGCACGAAACCAGUCAUAAGGGAAUUUUUUUUAAAUUGAGGUUCAUACAUCAUCUGAAGCUGAAUAAAUGAUCUCUCCAUUGAUGUGUGUUUUGUUCGGAGGACAAUAUUUGUCUG